AGAUAGCGCCAGUUGUUCGAAAGAUACUGUAGUGACAGGUGUGUCGAGCCUGGGAAAUAAUAUUAAAAUGGUAACUACUUUGAACAACUGUUGUUUCUGUGCCUCACUUCGGACAGGAACAAUCAUAAUUGGAUGGCUGUAUGAGGUCUACUUCAUGGUAGCUUUAGCUACAAACAUUACUGUAAGAUUCGGUGGGCAGGCGAGCACAAUUAAUGAAACAGCAAACGGUUCUUGGUUAAUAAUUUUAACUAGUGCAAUUCAAAUGGGAAUUGCCAUCGUCCUAUUGUAUGGUGUUUAUGCGAACCAUAAGCGGUCUGUCCACUCAUUCAUAUGGUGUGAAUCGUUUUUCAUUGCGGUCAACAUCAUCACACUCCUGUUCAACAUCAUAUCAUUGGGUCUUACUUUGGUGGACGCAUUAUAUGUGAUCUUGGUCGCAUCUAUCGUUUUUCUGAUACAGAUCUACUCUGUGUUUGUGGUUUACAGUUUCUACAAGGAAACGUAUGGUUAGAAUGAAGGGACCCGGAUCACCACUUCCUAUAUUAUUAUAUGUAUUUAUUUAUUAAAUUUAUUUUUGAUCAA